AUGUUAAACGGGAAUACACCACUGACAGCUGCAAGUAGGGCAGGAUAUGUGAGUGUGAUACAUGAGCUGGUGAAUGUGGGGGCUAAUGUCAAUCUACAGGAUAAUUCCGAGAAUACACCACUCACAGCAGCACGUAAGGCAGGACGUAUGCUUGUGAUACAGGAGCUGGUGAAGAUGGGGGCUGUUGUCAAUCUACAGUAUAAUCCAAGGAAUACACCACUCACUGCUGCAAGUAAGGCGGGACAUGUGAGUGUGGUGGAGGAGCUGUUGAAGGUGGGUGUUGAUGUCAAUCUACAGGAUAAUCCCGGGAAUACACCACUCACAGCUGCAAGUAAGGCAGAACAUGUGAGUGUGUUGGAAGUGCUGGUGAAGGUGGGUGCUGAUGUGAAUCUACAGGAUAAUCCCGGGAAUACACCACUCACAGCUGCAAGUAAGGCAGGACAUGUGAGUGUGGUGGAGGAGCUGGUGAAGGCAGAACAGCUGCAAGUAAAGGAGGACGUGAUUGUGGUGGACAAGCUGGUGAAGGUGGGGACUGAUGUCAAUCUACAGGAUAAUGACGGGAAUAGUCCUCUGAAAGCUGCAAGUAAGGCAGGACAUGUGAGUGUGGUGGAGGAGCUGGUGAAGGCGGGAGCUGAUAUCAAUCUACAGAAUUAUGACGGAGAUACACCACUGACAGCUGCAUGUGAGUUAGGGCAUGUGAGUGUGGUAGUAGAGCUUGUGAAGGCAGAGGCUGAUGUCAAUCUACUGGAUAAUGUAAGGUAUACACCACUGAUAGCUGCAUGUGAGGGAGGACAUGUGAGUGUGAUGGGGGAGCUGGUGAAGGCGGGGUCUGAUAACAAUCUACAGGAUAAUGACGGGAACACACCACUGACAGUUUCAUGCGAGGGAGGACAUCCUAGUGUGGUGGAGGAGCUGGUAAAGGCGGGGGCUGAUAUCAAUCUACAGGAUAAUGACGGGAAUACACCACUGACAGUUGCAUGCGAGGGAGGACAUCUGAGUGUGGUGAAGGAGCUGGUGAAGGUGGGGCGAAGAAGAGCUCUGGAAUAUGUUCACAAAUGAGGCAGUGUCAGUCAAUAAAUACCUCAACCCACCCUCACCCCCGAAUUAUCAUUUAAGCAUUUUCAAAUUUGGAUAAAAGCACAAUUUAUUAUCUUGUCUCACUUGACAAACAUUUUUGCUAGAAAUUUUUUUGACACUCCCUCUUACUUUAAGAAAAACCUUGAUGCUACAGUUCGAUACACAUUCAUGCCCGAAAGUCAAACUGAUUUGACAUGUCUUUCUGAUUAUUUUACGCCUAUAUUGAUGAAAGAUAUUGUCAAUAAAUGUAUUUACUCCUUUUCCAAAAUUUGAAACGUCUCAAAUAUAACGAUAGAAUUUUUCUCGUACAUAAUGUCUGUCCCACAUAUAAUAUACCUGUAGUUCAGUAUAAUAACCAAUUCUAACCGCAUCAAAAAUAUACAAAUGUUGCACAUUCUAAAUUUAAUUCAUGAUCACAUUAUUCGUUUUGUACUAUAGUGAGCCCUUAUAUGUCCGCCUGCACUAUAUGUUCGCCUGCACUAAAUGUCCGCUCAAUGUUGAACCGAACUGUCACUAUAUGUUUGUUUAGACUGAAAAUACACAUGUAUUCAAAACAAACAUGUACAACAUGCACUUCCCGAAUUGUUUAUAUAUGUAUAUAUAUAUAUAUAUAUAUAUAUAGAGAGAGAGAGAGAGAGAGAGAGAGAGAGAGAGAGAGAGAGAGAGAGAGAGAGAACGUUUUAGGGACUGUAACUGUUUGGUGUACAUCAGACAUUCUGCAAUUAAAAGAGACAGUAGAGAUGAUGUGGUGGUGACCGACAGAUCAAUGUGGUGUAUGAAUAUAAAGGAUGAAUGGAGACUGUGAUGUACUAAGACAUCUGUUGUGUGUUCAUCUAGAUGUAAAACAGUAUAUACGGUUGUAUCAUAAGUGCAAUGAUAGUAAGUCAGGUGUGAAAUUUCUGAUUAAUGAGCGGUAUUUUGAUUAUAUAACGGAGAAGGUGAUGAUUCUGCGGGGGGGGGGGGGGGCAUCAAUGUCAGGACGAGGUAUUGAGUAUGACUGUGUUAGACAGGGAGGAAUUGUUGUUUUUAUAUAUACAUUGUAUAUAUAUAUAUAUUUUUAUUAUUUUUCAACAUUCUGUACAUAGGUCAUGGUAUAUCUUCAUAAUAUAUACAUUUAAUAUAGAAUUACAGAAGUGUUUAUUUCUUUUAGAGAGAGAAAGAAAGAAAGAAGGAGAGAGAGAGCUAUGAAAAUAUUUGGUUCCAUCUGUUCCAAAGGGCAUCAACAUUUUCAGUAUCGCCAUUUUUAUAAGAAAUGAAUUUUUGUGUUUCAUAGAAUAACUUUAAAAAUGAUAUUGCAGAGCGCAGACUCAAAUUUUUCUCUGUACACCUUGCUGUAUAAAUAUAAUACUUUAACCAAAAGAUGAGAAUAUUUUGUAUACCCUUGUUUUUCUCAAGGAUGCCUACUAUAAAAGACUUUUUUGUAAAGAUUAGUUGACAAUUUGUUUUCUGUUCUAAGUAAUGAGAAAUGAUUGAACACAAUUACCUUCCCACAUUAUAUGUUCUAUUGUUUCCUCCUCAUUGUGACAAAAGGUACACAUUUUUGCGUUCACUUUUUUAUUUUAAAUAAAAAAGAGUUUGCUGCUAAAACUUUAUUAAGUAUUCUAUAUUGGAACCUUUGAAGUUUACAAUUUUUUGUUAUUAUGAAAGGUAUUUUGUGGAUUAUUUUCCAUUCAGUAUUACCCAUUUCUAAGAGUUCACUCCAUUUUGUUUUGUCUGUUGUCACAGAGGAAGUUUUGUUGAGAAGUUCAUAAAAGCAUUUGGACUUUUUACAUUUCAGUACAUUGUAUAUGUUCGACAUAAUGAAUGAAUUUGCCAACUUUUUCAAACUUUUUUUUGGGGGAGGAAUUGUUUGUUCUAGAGAGGACUGCUGUGUAAGUACAGUGAAGAUUGGCAUGACAGAAAGUACAAAGCGACAGAGUACAAGAGAGUGAUGUGUGAUAUAAACAUAUGUCAGAAGAGAAUCUGUAUAGUCCCUGAUAGAAUUGUAGAGAUAUGUUGUUACUGAGUACAAGAGAGUGCUGUGUGAGAUAAAUAAACAUGUCAGUAGACACUCUGUAUAGUCCCGGAUAGAUUGUAGAGAGGUGUUUUUACGGAGUACAAGAGAGUGAUGUAUGACAUAAAUAAACAUGUCAGAAGACACUCUGUAUAGUCCCUGAUAGAUUGUAGAGAGGUGUUUUUACGGAGUACAAGAGAGUGAUGUAUGGCAUAAAGAAACAUGUAAGAAGACACUCUGUAUAGUCCCUGAUAGAAUUGUAGAGAGGUGUUACUUUGUCAGUAUAUAUACUGAGUAUAAAACCCAAUGGGUUACUAAUGUCUUUGUAGAUACAUGUGAUGAUGUUUAAUGAAUUCUCUCUCGUAAGUUUCCAUUUGUCUGUGUAUAAUAAGAAAGUGUUUUAACAUAAUCAAUAGUCGACGCUUUCUGAAAUUAUACAGUGUCGUUAGCAAUAGCAUGUUAAUCUUAUAAAUUAUACAGUGUCGUUAGCAUAGUAUGUUAAACCUUAUAAAUUAUACAGUGUCGUUAGCAAUAGUAUGUUAAUCUUAUAAAUUAUACAGUGUCGUUAGCAAUAGUAUGUUAAUCUUAUAAAUUAUACAGUGUCGUUAGCAAUAGUACGUUAAACCUUAUAAAUUGUCGACAUUGUUGGUGAAUAGUUGUAUGUUUGACGUCACUCUGUAUGACUCUCAGUCAUUGAUUAUAAUUAUGUGUACGUGUGUGUAUUGCUUAUUAUCAAUGUUUAUGUUUGUUAUUCUUAGAAUCAGUAUCUAAUACUUUUGUUACAUGUCAAAAUCAGGUAUCUGACAUGGAAGAAAUAAAAUACUCUACAUGUGUA